AUGGCUGCUCCCGCUUCCACGCAGCCGGGCUCGGAAGCUCAGGCAUACGCAAAAACUCCAGAUGUCAUCGUCUCCGAGCUGCCCAAGCUUGAUAUCGAUCUCUAUAUUCAGAAUUAUGUCGGCAGAACACGGUACGAACGCUUGAUCCUCAUCGGCCGAUGCUGCGUGCCCCUACGUGUUGAAGCUCUCAAGGCUGCCGUCGCCGAGGCAAAGAGUGGCUCAGAUGUCACUCGGUAUAAAGAUGCCUGGCAGCUGCUCCGUUCCGUCGCUCCGGAUGAGCCUGAGGCAAAGAGGGACGACGAAUGGAUCGAGAGCACCGAGCUAGCCAACAGAACCGAAACGACUCGCCUAGAGACAGAACUUAAGGGGUAUAGAAACAAUCUCAUUAAGGAGAGCAUUCGGAUGGGCAAUGAGGAUCUUGGCAAGCAUUUCGAGAGCAUAGGCAAGCUCACCGAGGCCACAGACGCAUAUAACAAGAUGCGCCACGACGUGAGCACGACCAAACACAUCUUCGACUGCGGCAUGCACUUGGCUAGCGUCGCUUUCCAGCGCCAUGACUGGGCCACCGUGUUGAGUAAUGUUGGCAAGAUUGCCAACAUUCAAACUGGAGAUGAUGAGCAGGCGCAGCAGGCCUACACCAAAGUGGCAUCCGGAGUUGCUCUGAUGGGACUUGGUAACUAUUAUGAUGCGGCUAAUACUCUUCUUCACACCAAUCCCAAUGUAUCCCCAACAGAGUACAACACAGUUGCCAGUCCCAACGAUGUUGCCAUCUACGGCGGCCUUUUGGCCCUGGCAACCAUGGACAGAAAGGCUCUACAAGCUCGCAUACUGGAUAACCAAUCAUUCAGGAUGUUUCUGGAGCAUGAGCCGCACAUUCGAAAGGCGAUUAGUUUGUUUGUUAACGGCCGCUACUCUAACUGCCUAACCAUCUUAGAGUCUGUGAAGGCCGACUAUCUCCUAGACAUCUACCUGCAGCCACAUAUUCCCACCAUCUACUCCCGAAUUCGCGAAAAGUGCAUCGUUCAAUACUUUAUUCCCUUUUCAUGCGUCACACUAGACAGCUUGGACGCUGCGUUUGGUACACCUAACCAGUCCGUGGAGCUGGAGCUCAUCAGGAUGAUUCGUGAUGGCUCGCUGAGGGCUCGAAUAGAUGCUAAGAGCAAGCUUCUCGUAGCCGUUUCUCCCGACCCACGACUAGUCGUGCAGACAAAUGCACUUGCUGUGGCGAAGAAAUACGAGCAAGAGGCCAAGGAGCGGUUACGGCGCGUGAAUCUGAUUGUUGCAGGUCUCGAGGUCAGCAGCGCCAAAAAGCAGCCGGGAGGCGGCGUUGGAGGCGGCGUUGGAGGGCCCGAGGUCGAAGAGGCUUGGUACGAAGAUAUUACUCAGUUGCCCAGCCAAGGCGCUGAGCGGGUUCAGGAGUCUUAG